GAGGGGGCAAGGAUCACAGUCGUCGAAAAUAGGUUGCUGACCCCUGCCUGCCGUGGCUUCGCAACUGCAACGGUGGGACGGAGGAAGCAAGUGGGGGGAGGUGACGUGUGCUGCUCCCCACCAUUGGAAGCUCGCCGGUAUUCAUCAGCCCUACCAUUCAGCUCCUUGACUAAAACUGCUCUACCAACCUUGGAUUACCUUUUGAAGCGCGAAAUUCAUGGUCAAUGGGCUAUUUCCGAGUCGUUAGUCAAAAGCGCCAUGGCGAGUUUUCUCAGGAGUCGACAGGCGGGCAUGAAUGUUGACUUGUCUGUCAAAAUCGAGCCCCAACACUUCUCACCCACCGAACAGGCACGAUAUGGAAUCAACUCGCAGAUAAGCUGCAUCGCCUACGACCCUGUGCAGUCGCUCAUUGCCGUGGGCACAAAUGAAUCCAAAUUUGGCAAUGGUAAGAUAUACAUCUUUGGUCAGUCACGCGUCCAAAAGUGCAUACAGCCGAACAAGAAAGCCUCAAUUCGCUUCUUGCACUUUGUCGCGGACAGGCUCGUGAGCCUAGACUCGAAGAGCGAGCUCUCAAUAUGGGACCUCGAUACCGCACAACGACUCGGCGGCUACGGAAAUGCAGGCGCUGUCGCGUGCAUGGUGACAGAUCCCAUGCUUGAUUGGGUACUAAUGGGCACAACCUCGGGCGACGUGUUUGCUUUUGAUCUGGACCGCUCGCGUCUCUCAAACUUUCGGCUUCCGAAUUUUUGGAAGCAAAGAGACCCGCGCGUCAGAGCUCCCAACAUGGUGUCGAUGCAGCUGCACCCACGAGAUAUUGGCCAGCUCCUUAUUGCGUACAACAGCGGUGCCGCAAUCUACUCUUUCAAGCAGAACCAACCCAUCAGAUUCUUCGAAUACGUCCUGCAGCCAGGCGCUCCCGGAGGAACCGGUGACAAGAUUGACACGGUACGGACUCCUCGCGUCAUACAGGCUGUCUGGCAUCCCACUGGAACCUUUGUCUUGACCGCCCAUGACGACGGCAGCCUUGUCUUUUGGGAUCCAAAGGAUGGCCGCAUGAUUGCCGCUAGGUCACUAUCCGAGACCAAUGUCGAUCAGCCAGUGGCCGAACCUCCACGACCAGUCCUUCUGGAACCGUUCACACACAUUGCAUGGUGCUGCAAGAAUGACCCGGACGAUACUGGCCUGCUGAUAGCUGGUGGACUUCCUGUGGGGUCCACAGAAAAGGGGCUCACUUUCCUGGAGCUCGGCCCGACUCCGAUAUAUGCCACUUCUUCCUGGCAGGUACUAUCGAACCACUUCAAAGGCAAGCGACAGCAUCUUCUACGAGCUCCACCUGGUGCAGACAUCAGUGAAUUCUACCUCCUUCCGCGCUCUUCCCCCCACUUUGCCGGCGCUCAAGACCCCAUAGCCGUGAUUGCGCUGCUGAACUCGGGAGAGAUGAUCACCAUGAGCUUUCCAUCGGGGUAUCCCAUCAGCCCAACUAACCAACUUCACCCCUCAUUAUCAUUUGUUCAUCCAUUUGUGAUGAAAGUUGCCGUUACAACGGUCAGCAGAGAAAGAUGGCUUGGGAUGAUUGAGGUGAGGAACCGAGGCGAGCCGCUUUUGAAGGGAGGUGCACUCGCCAGGAAACUACGAAAACGAUACGACAGCAGAAACAUCAUACAGGUCGCGCAUGCCGAUGGUACCGUACGGUUAUGGGAUGUUGGUCAUGGAGACGACAUUGAGAAUGCAGCAAUGCUACAGAUCGAUGUAGCCAGAUCCACCGGUCGUUAUGAAGACGUCAACGUCACAGCUAUGUCUAUGGCCUCCCAGACGGGCGAGUUUGCUGCAGGAACCAAGACAGGGGAGGUAGUAAUCUACCGCUGGGGCACUAAUAAGCAUUUUCAGCAUGAUUUCGAGUCCGAUAUCAAGCCCAACCCUGGGGGGCUCACCGACAUCAGUACCAGGUCGGAGCCGUCACUACGUGAGGGUUUGCAGCCGCUGAUUCUGUACGAGAUGAUGCAAGGCCCAAUUACGGCACUGCAAGUGUCCAACGUUGGGUUUGUAGCUGUGGGGUCUGAGAAUGGCUUCUUCAGUAUCAUUGACCUACGUGGGCCUGCAAUUGUUAUGCAGGCAUCGAUGGCAGAGUUUGCAAAGCAAGAAAAGAGGUCGUCAUUCCUCAGGGGUCACUCCUCCAGUGGGUCAUCUGGAGGAAAAGACUGGCCUGUGGUUAUAGAAUUUGGCGUCAUGACACUCGAGGACGAUGGCUACUCGAGCAUCGCCUGUUUUGUCGGCACCAAUCAAGGUAAAGUAGCAACUUUCAAGUUGAUACCUUCGGGCGGCGGAUACACUGCGAAACUUGCGGGUGUCGUAAAUUUUGGAGACAAGAUUAUUAGCAUCAGCCCGAUUAUGACAGGAACGGGGGCGCCUGCUGCGGCGACAGGAGAGGUAGUUGCUGGUCUGCGAGAGGGGAAACAGGUUAAUGGCACCCUCGUCGUCGCAACACAAACCGAAAUCCGUCUCUUCAAACCUGCAACGGCCAAGGGUGCGUCCAAGUCAUUCGACAAUGUUUUCUGCGACGCUGCGGCUGUCACCGAGUUUGAGCUCCACGGCCAUGCCAUCGUUGGUGUUUUUGGCGACUGUACCGCAAGGGCCUUUUCGAUCCCUGCCCUCAAGGAGAUCAGCAAAGCUUCACUAAGCGGGACGAUGGAUCCUAGCCGCAGCGGAGGAUCUUUGGUUACGCCCACAGGUGACAUAUUUUGCUGGGCCGGACCUUCAGAGCUUGUGGCGGUCCCAGUGUGGGGCACUGGCACCGGGUCCAGCAACAGCGACGAUACCUUGAUAAACCCGGCCAUGAAAGUGCCGCCACGACCGACAAUCAGCAACCUGCAGUGGAUCAGCGGAACGCAACAUGUAUCGCCCACAGAUCUCGACGAGCUCAUCGGCGGCCCCGACCGACCACCUAGCAAACGAAUGAUUGCUGCCGCCGCAGAGGAACAGAGGCUCGCUAGGGGAGGUGGCGCCUCUAGUUCGUCCGCCGCUAUGCGAGCCGGGGCUGCGCAGGAGGGAUGGGGCGAGUACCUUACACGCCAGCUUAACGAAAGGACAGAAAAACUCAAUAUCGUGAACGACAGUAUGGACAAUCUGCAAGCCAAGAGCCAGGGUUGGGCUGACGACGUCAACAAGUAUGUCAGCAAGCAGAAGAAGAACUUGGUGCUCGGGGCCAUCAAGGGCAAAUUCUCGUAA